CUUCAUUGAGCCACAACGGAGCCUAAAUAGGAACUCGGUCGGUUUCGGGCUUUUAAUUUAUUCAUUACAUGAAGUAAGAUUUGUACUAAUAGCGUCACAAAUCUGCGGUUACUCGUUUUUGACACGUUAUACAAGUCAGGAAAACGAGUUGCGGACUGACCCUGAAGUUUGUCCACAAGUGGGUUUUAAAAAAAAAAAAAAGGAAAUCGUCUCCAGGCUAAGGCUAUGUAGCAAGCUAAUCUCAGUUAUCCUACGUAAAACCCGGCUAACCUUUCACAAACAGCCGCAAACCCCGCACCGAGGCAUGACCGAGUACAAACUCGUGGUGGUCGGGGCAGGAGGUGUCGGGAAGAGCGCUCUCACCAUCCAGCUCAUCCAGAACCACUUCGUGGAUGAAUACGAUCCAACCAUCGAGGACUCGUACAGAAAGCAGGUGGUGAUUGAUGGAGAGACGUGUCUGUUGGACAUCCUGGACACUGCCGGUCAGGAGGAGUACAGCGCCAUGAGGGACCAGUACAUGAGAACAGGAGAGGGCUUCCUCUGUGUGUUUGCCAUCAACAACACCAAGUCCUUUGAGGACGUUCACCUCUACAGAGAGCAGAUCAACAGGGUGAAGGACAGUGACAGUGUUCCCAUGGUGCUGGUGGGGAAUAAGAGCGACCUGAGCACUCGCACGGUGGAGUCGCGGCAGGCGCAGGAGCUGGCUCGAAGCUACGGAGUCCCGUUUGUCGAGACCUCUGCCAAAACCAGACAGGGCGUGGAGGAAGCUUUUUAUUCGCUAGUACGUGAGAUCAGAAGGUAUAAGGAGACCAACCGCAGCAACAAGAAGAGCAAGAAGAACACUCAGAGACGCUGCAUGAUACUAUAGCCCAACACGCAGACCAGCUCAUCCCUAAAAGCACUUGCUCACCCUCACACACUGCCCCCCCCCUCCUCUCCUCCUCCUCUCCUCUCCCCUCCCAGUCACGUUGGCGAUGUCCAUCACGGCAGUGGAAGCGGCCGUUGGUUUCCACAUGCAGGAUGUCACCACAGGAUAUGCAGUGUCUAUUCAACGCUGUGAAUUAUCUGCUUCUUUUUGUUGACCAAACAGCUGCAAAAUGAAGUUUUUAGAUUUUUUUUUUGUUAGCAUUUGUGCAAACUUCAUCUGAGUCCAUGGUAGAAAGCAUUUGUCUGUAAUGAUUGUAGUCUUUUACUAAUUGGUAUUAUGUCAUUCGUGUCACAAGCAAUUCCUGUUGACUCUUUGUAGGUCAGGGGUCCACCGUGGUGGUGCGUCACCGCACUUUGUACCGUCACAUCAGGUGACACUUUCAGUCCAAAUCUUCUAAAUUCUGUGGUCAUUUAGAGAGGGUGAGGUUGGAUUGGUACCAUUUUAAAAGGGUUUACUCGGCUAUUUCUCAGGUCCUGAUAACACAACAUAUUCCUCACGAGUUCUGAGAUCUGAUGCAUUGUGUCAGCGGGUUCCUGCCUGUCAGUGUUGCCUGUUGCGAUGUGGUACUACAUUCAAUAUUUAAACUCCACUGAUGCUCGACGCCCCACAACAUCUCAAGGACUGUGACUUGUUAUCUGAUUAAGAUAUUUAAUAAGGAACCUGUUUUCUAUAGCAGUGUUUGUCCUCUUUCAUAAUUAGUCAUGUUGUGGAUGGAAUUUAUAUUUUUGUAGUAUGACCAUGAACGGUUCCUGCUUUUCAGUGGUGUUAAAGUCAAACCAGCUUCCCAAAGCCUUUCGUUAUCUGGACUUUAUGUAGUUCCAUUGUUAAAACAUUUAGUCUCUCACUGACAGCUAUGUAAAAUCUUUAAUGCACUCUGCUGUAAUGAACAAUUAAAUGUCUUCAGCUUGUA